GGUCCUUGAAUCGUUUGUGUCCCAUUGAAGUCCAUUAUAUGGAGAAAAAUCCUGGAAUGUUUUCAUCAAAAACCUUAAUUUCUUUUCGACUGAAGAAAGAAAGACAUGGACAUCUUGGAUGACAUGGGGGAGUGUUUGCUGGUUCAGAUGCAGUGAAGUCAGUGUCAGUGAUGGAGGGAGAUUCAGUCUCUCUAAACUCUGAUCUCACUGAAAUGAUGGAGGAAGAUCUGAUUCUGUGGAGGUUUGGAGAUGAAAACACUUUAAUAGUUAAAAUCAAUGUAAUGGACAACAGCAUGACUGUAUAUGAUGAUGUUACUGAUGGGAGAUUCAGAGACAGACUGAAGCUGGAUCAUCAAACUGGAUCUCUGAUCAUCACACACACCACAACUGAACAUACUGGAAGGAAUGAAGAUCACACCGGACACUUACUGACUGACGUCAAUAAACACUUUCUAAACUAUUCACGUUUCUCUUUCUCAGCUCGUCUGCCUGUUCCUGUCAUCAUCAGUGACUCUUCACACUGUUCAUCAUCAUCAUCAUCAUCAUCAUCAUCAUCAUGUUCAUUGGUGUGUUCAUCAGUGUUGAAUGUGAGUGAUGUGACUCUCUCCUGGUACGCAGGAAUGAGUGUAUUGUCCAGCAUCAGUGUGUGUGAUCUCAGCAUCAGUCUCUCUCUACCUCUGGAGGUGGAAUAUCAGGAUAAAAACACCUACAGCUGUGUGCUGAACAAUCCCAUCAGCAACCAGACCACACAUCUGGACAUCAACACACUCUGCCACACAUGUGCAGAAGUCCACUGCUGUGGAUCUACAGAAGCUGUGAUCCGAUUGGUCGUCUCUGCUGUGGUGGGCGUGGCUACUGUCAUUCUUCUGGUUUAUGACAUCAGAUCCACAAGAGGAGGAGACUAAUGGAAGAUCAGUUGAGGAAUCAACAGCAG